GGAAGAACAAAGCGAUGUUGCCGCUGAACACUUCCACUUUCCACUGAAUGGACAUAAUCGACUCUACAAAAGGCUCGUCAACAAUGAAGAGAAAGUCUUCAAAAGACAUUGCCUCCUUCUUUUCAAAGAGACAGAUGAUUACAGAAGAGCAGCACAGGGCAAAUGCUAGGCAGCCAGAGAAAGAAACAGAAUCAGAGACAGAGAAUGACAUUGUGGCUACAGCUGAAGUAGAGGGCUCAGAACAGCUGGAUCCUGACCAGCCCAGGCCUCCAGGUAGUGGACCUGCUCAUGGACCAGCAGACAUAUCCAAGUCACGAGCAGAUGGACCAAAACAGGCCUAUUUAAAGGUUUACCCUCAGACCUUGUAUAACGACAGGAGACGGGGCUUCAACUAUAAGUGGUUCUCCACUCAUAAGUGGUUGGAGUACUCACAAGCUACGAACUCUUCCUACUGCUAUGCCUGUCGGCAUUUUAGUCUUCCCAGCUCAGGUGAUACUGUAUUCACAUCAGAGGGGCUUAAUAACUGGAAAAAAGCUAUGUUUACGGAUGGGGGAUUUGCAACCCAUGCAAAAUCUGAGUCCGAUUGUAAUGCAAUGUUUGCAUGGGCAUUGUACAAGAAGACACGUGAAAGUGAGUGCUCUCUCCCAGCCUCAAUGAACACAGGUUAUGAGAAGCUGGUGAAAGAAAACUGAGAAUAUAUAAAAAGCGUAGCAGACACAUUGCUUCUCACAGCCACACAGAACAUAGCACAGAGGGGAAACAAUGAAACUGAAGGGCACAAUAAAGGGAAUUUUCUUGCUAUCAUGGAACACCUAGCAAAUCAUGAUCCCAAAAUAAAAAAAAAGAUGACUAGUACCAGAAAUGCAACAUACCUGGGCCAUCGUACACAAAACGAAAUGCUUGAUUGCUUAGCUGAUAUAGUCCGAACCGAAAUAAUAAGUGAAGUAAAACAAAGCGAAGCCUUCAGUAUUUUGGUUGAUCAGACAAAAGACCUUAGCAAAAAGGAACAGUUGUCUUUUGUUAUCAGAUACUAUUAUGACGGGGUAGUGCAGGAAAGUUUCCUAAAUUUUGAAGCAGCAGAGCACUCACAGAAAAAGUCAUUCUAAUGCUACAGAAGCAUGGCCUUGACUACAGGAAGCACUUGGUGGGACAAGCAUAUGAUGGUGCUUCUGUUAUGAGUGGAAAGAACACAGGUGUGCAAGCUCGCAUUAAGGCUGAGGCACCUCUAGCUUUUUAUUUUCAUUGUAAUGCACAUUGUUUAAAUUUGGUAUUAGUAGAUUGUGUGAAGUCCAUCAGUGAAGCAUCCUGUUUCUUUUCCCUUUUACAAAGGCUUUAUGUAUUUGUCUCCGGAUCACAUGUACACCAAAGAUGGCUGGAAAUCCAGAAGGAGAUGUAUCAGGGGCCCCCUAGAGAGCUACAGAGGCUGAUAGAAACACGGUGGGCUUGCAGAUAUAAAGCUUGUAAGGUUCAAGACAGACUACCAGCAAUCACUCGUCUUCUCAAGGAACUUUCUUUAGAGGGAGGUGGUGACCGUUGUGUUGAUGCGAGGGGUUUGCUGGCUCAAAAAGAUGAGAAAUUUGUUACCCUUCUUGUAACAUAUACUCACAUGUUUGGUGAAGUCUAUUAUUUAUUAGAAUCUCUGCAGUCCACUGAACUAAAUUUAGGGACUGCAGUAUCAUUUGUAGAUGCUCCUGUUGACACAUUACAGAGCUUUAAGGUAAAUGGUGCACUCUUUGAUGAAAUGUGGGAAGAGGCUACGUCCUUGAAAGAACAGUGUUCAGUCAGUGUUUCAACUCCAGCUCGCAAAGUCACACCAAGCACAAAGCUGAAUGAUUAUAUAUUUACUCCAAUCACUCAGAGAGGACAGGGUACAGAUAAGGAGUGAUUUCGUUCAGGAUCAUUUAUUCCAGUUAUUGAGGUUCUUCUGUCUGAGGUAAACCGACGCUUUUCUAAAGAAACUUGUGCUCUAAUGUAUGGGAUACAAGCCCUGAAUCCCAGUAGUCCCACAUUCUGUGUUGAAGAGCGUGUUUUUCCAUUUGCUGUGCAGUAUAACUGCAACACAGAUGACCUGAAAUCUGAGAUGAGGCAGCUUAAGAGAAUGAUUGAGAGGAAGAAAUCUAAAGGGGAGAAAACACCCUCUAGUUUAUUAGAACUUACUGUGUAUCUUGAACCAUACAGGUCUUUGAUGAGUUUUACAAACUAUGCAAAAUUGCACUUGCACUACCUGUUAGCACUGCAUCUUGUGAGCAUAGUUUCUCUGUACUUAAAUUGAUUAAAACUCAUUUAAGAACAAGAAUGAGUGAUGAACGUUUGGGUAAUUUGGGUGUUUUAAGUGUAGAGUCAAGAAGGGCAAAGGCCAUCAACCUUGAUACUUUUGUUGAUUUGUUUGCCAGACGACACAACAACAGGCGGAUCAAACUCAUCUAAGCAUCUUUGCCAUUUUGCCUCUGUAAUUUUGUCCUAGGUCACAAACAUCUAUGUACAAAACACAUAAGAAUGUAAAUAAAUGCAAAUGGUAAAUAAAUGUACAUUUUAAUGGUGAGAAGAGUCAGUGUGCUGAUGUUCAUUAAGGUUGUUUGACUAGAUCAAUCCUGUAGUCGCCAUAUAAAUUGAGAGGAACAAGUCCUACUUAAUGUUCAGAUAUGCCCAAAAUGUUCCUCCCAAUAUAUUUACUGGAAGCACACAAUAUCCACAAUAUUUGAAUUAUUUUUGCGAUCCAAGAAGCCUUAGUUUAAAUUCAACAAUCCAAUUUUUAAGGCCCCUGAAGUUAAAUUUAAGUUUUUGGUUUUGUAGAAUGAGGAGCAAAGUAUUGAGAUUUUG